AUGAGGCAGAGAGUGAAGGGAAGAUCAGCUCUAAUUAAAGAGAGGGAAAAACAUUUGAAUGAGACAAAACAAAUUUAUUGUAACUAUUCAACACUCGCUCUCUUUAAUUGCAGUGGAUCUACAGAUGACAGAAAAUGAAUAAAAUGAAUGAAAUAAUCAAUUAAAUGAAUGAAAUUAUAAUAAAGGAGAUCUCAAUUCUGUAGGGUUUGAAAAGGGCCCAAAAUUUUCAGCCCAACCCUACAUGACCCCGCCUUCUUUUCAGCCCAACCUUACAUGACCUCGCCUUCUUUUCAGCCCAACCUUACAUGACCCCGCCUUCUUUUCAGCCCAACCUUACAUGACCCCGCCUUCUUUUCAGCCCAACCCUACAUGACCCCGCCUUCUUUUCAGCCCAACCCAACAUGACCCCGCCUACUUUUCAGCCCAACCCAACUGACCCCGCCUUCUUUUCAGCCUAACCCAACAUGACCCCGCCUACUUUUCAGCCCUACCCUACAUGACCCCGCCUACUUUUCAGCCCAACCCUACAUGACCCCGCCUACUUUUCAGCCCAACCCAACUGACCCUGCCUUCUUUUCAGCCCAACCCUACAUGACCCCGCCUACUUUUCAGCCCAAUCUUACAUGACCCAGCCUUCUUUUCAUCCUGAUCCUGGUCAGACUCUGUGUUUUGCAGUGUUUUGAAAGUCCAGCCCAGUCUGAACCUGAAUUUAACACACAGACACUGUAGUUAAGGACAUCAUCGGUGUUCUGAUUGGAGAAGAUGCAGUUGAUGUCUGGGUGGGAUCAGUGGAUGGAGUUUGGAGGCGGGGCUUGUGCAGUGUGCCAACAUUAAUGCUCCUGUUUUGCGGCUGCUGUAUUUAAGCAGGGCAUCACAGUAUUAGCAUUUUACAAACCCCACGCUUCAAUCUGCAGCUCAAUCAUAAAACCACGUAAAAGUUUGUCCAGACCUCAGAUUUUCCUUUCGAUGGCUGCUGCCUCACUUCAUUCUCCCCUGACUAUAACUUCUUUCUCCCCGGCUCUGAGGCGUCCAUUCUGUCACUCGCAGAGCUCAGCUUAGACUCUCUGGCCUACAACUGCCAUCCAGCUCACACAGCGCUCUGUGCUCAAAAUAUAAUGGGGCAGCUACAAAGGGUCCAACCCCAACCAAGCCCUGCAUAAAAUGUCAGAAUCAGGGCAUUCUGGUCAGGUUUUUUCAGACCUGGGUGAAAAUUACAAGCUCUACGGUGGAGCUGUGACUUGCAUUGUCGCCUCACGGCAAGAAGGUUUUGGGUUCGAAUCCCAAGAGCCUUUCAGUGUGGGUUUCCUCCCAUUGUUCAAGGACUCCAAAUUGCCAGCAGGAAUGAGCGAGUGAGUGAAUGCUGUGUGUGCCCUGCGAUGUAUUGGCAACCUGUCCAGGGUGUAUUCCCGUCUCUUGCCAACUGCAUGCUGGGAUAGGUUCCAGCACCCUCUGCAACCCUGACCAAGAAUUAGCCAUGUAAGAAAACAGAUAAAUGGGUGGAAUAAAAAAAGAUAAAACUUAAGUUUUGUUCACAUUUAUGCAGACCCUGUCACUCUAAUGCUUGUAUUCCAAUAUUAUAGUCAGCUCCAUAAUGUUUCGGGAAAAGACAUAUUUUUUCUUUAGUUUACUCUGUACUCCUCUAUUUUAGAUUUGUAAUCAGCGUAUUGACGUUCGGUUAGACUGCAGAUUCUCAGCUUUUAUUUAAGGGUAUUUUAUGCAUUUUGGUUUCACCAUGCCACACAUUACCGUGUGUGGGAUAUGUCAGAGCAUCAUGGUAAUGGCGUUAAUAUGGAGGUGCUGCUGAAAAAUCAUUAAGACACUUUUGGUUUUAUGGCUGUUGUUGUUUUGCAUUAUACUGGGGUGUGUUGGGUUCUACACGCUGUGAUUGUUUACAAGAAGAAUGAAAUAAACAAAUGGUUGUGGUAACACUCCAUGUGACAGUCUGUGGUUAUUGCUGUCUGUCAAUUGGCUGUUUGCUGUCUGAUAUGAUGCAUAUUAAAAGGAAUAGUUCUCUUUCCGGAGUUCAUUAUGAUACAAGGACAGUUCUGGUGAUUAUAAAUGAGUGCUCUGUGCCUUCUUGGUGAUGUCACACUUUGUCCUCCUGAGACUAACACUGAUGUUCUCCACUACUGUACAUCGCUCUGGAUAAGAGCCUCUGCUAUGUGUCUGUAAUGUAAUUGAUCAGUAAUUUGGCUAACCUUAGGCAUGUAGGAACAGGCAGUUCAGUAGCUGCCCCUUGCAGUGCUACACUGUACCAGACUCAGGUAUAUGAGUACAUGGGGGAGUGGCUGACUGUUACAACACAAAAUACACACCAGGUAUGGAGACUCAUUCAGUCCUACAGCCAUAAGUUACAGUUCAGCAUUUUAUAUUUUAGAAAAACAGUUUUGUGUUGUGUAUUGUGAUUGUUUUCAGGGCAAGGACAUGGUAACCAAAAGAAUAUUUCUUAAAAGAGGAUAGUAAAAUAUCACUUGACAUUAGAGCCACUAACAGGGAAUCAGGAGGAGCAGGAUAUUGGCUGGACUCCAGUACACAGGCCAGUAUGUAAAACAGCACAUUCAAACUUUUCAACCAGAAAUAAAUUCCUGUUUAUCACAGUACUGACUUGUGGCCACUAGAGGCCGCCAUAUUGUCGUGUUGGUGUCCUUGUUCUGUUCAUUCGUUUAAUUGUAUUCGUGUUUCAGUUCAUUCUCACAUGUUUUUGUUGUUUCUGCUCAUUGUGUUCACCUGUGCCUUGGUGUAUUUAAGUUCCUUGUGUUUAUUACUUCUUUGCCUGCCUCUCGUGUUCUCAUGUCUCUUGUUAGUUUCGCCCCUUUGCAAGUUCUCUGGUUUGUAUUUAGUUCUUGUCUUUGUUGCUGUUUGUUGAUUUUCCUACUUGUUUAUUAGAACCCUUGUUAGUUAUUUUCUACAUCCUGCCUCCUGCGCUCCUCCAUCUUGUUUCCUUGCCCUGCCCGCCGUGUCAGCAGAACCAAGCCAAACAUGUAAUCAGCAAAGAUUACCCAGCUUCCCAACGCUCUGGCUAAUCAGGGCUCCAGCACUGGGCGUCAGGAACAGCUGCUCCAAGACAGGACUGAGAGUCUGUAGAACCUCACCUCCGUGGUCCAGUGUUUGCCUUCACCUGCUGCUUCUGGAGAGAGUUCCCUGCUCCUGAUGCCUCCUGCUCAGCAUCGGGCUGCAGGGAGAACCCUUCUCCUGACUCUGAGCCACGUUUGCCCCCCCCAGAAAAGAUCUGAUGGCUGUCCUGGCCGAUUCCGAGGUUUUUUAACCCAAUGCUCGUUGUCAUUCGAGCAUGCAACCCUCCAGUCUUCCUCCCGACCAGUCCAAAGUAGCUUUUAGCAUCUCAGUACUUCCAGGCAAGGCCGUCGCCUGGGCGUCUGGAGACUGGGAACAACAGUCCUCGGUGUGUUUGGGCAUAAACACGGUUUCCGUGGAGAUGAGUAAAGGUUCUGAUCAGCCUGUUGCCGGGCAGGAGGCAGCCUGUAGUCUAGUGACUUUGAAACAGGGUUCACACUGUGUAUCAGACUUUCAUAAUUAAUUUCUCAGAGUAUGGGUGGACUGAAGGAGCUCUUAUGAUUUUUUUUAUUAACGUUUAUCUGAAACUCUGAAGGACGAACGUCCCACCAGAGACUGACCUAUCGAACUGGCACAAGCUAACCGCUCUGGCCAUUCGCACCGACGGCCGUCUGCGAGGACGGAAGCUGCAGCGCCGGUCCAGUGCAGGGCAUUAUGGGACGCCACUUCCUGCCCACUCACCUGCUGCUAAGCAUCCCCGGUCUCCAGAACCUUCUGUUCUCCGUUCAACCAGUGCCUUCGCCUCCUCCUGCCCCGCUGGGUUCUCCCGAUGGCCACAAUGAGUAUUUAGUCAUGCCGUUUGGGUUGAGUUAUUCUCCUGCUGCGUUCCAGUCGUUUAUGAAUGAGGUUCUACGAGAUGACCCAUCUGUUUGUCUUUGUGUACAUUGAUAUUCAGAUGUUUUUCCAGGUCACUUUCCAAAUAUAUUAAACAUGUCCAUCAUUUGUUAAACCUGAGAAAUGUGAACUUAAUUCUGACCAAGUUUCAUUUCUGGGCUUUUCUGUCUCUUGGGUGCUCUGAAGAUGGACCUGAAUAAGGUUCUGGCAUCUCUGACUGGCCUCAGCCCUCCUCUGUCAGUGAGGUGUGGCCUUUUCUAGGCUGUGCACAUUUCUACAGAAGGUUCAUCAGACAGUUCAGCUCUGUCGCUGCUCCUCUAACCAGUCUCACCCGCUGCUCUGCUUCUGUGUUUGUGUGGACUCUGGAGGCGGAGUCCGCCCUCAGCUAACUAAAGAGGCUCCUGUGCUCGCUCAGCCGGACCCCUCCCUGCCCUUCAUUGCUGAUGGACGCCUCCCAUGUGGGAGUGGGGGCUGUGCUGUGACAAAGAGCCGCCAAGGAUCUGCCAGGCCAGUUAUGAUCCGGGCUGCAGAAAUGAUCCAGGUGACACAAUGGCAUUCCAAAACGGCUGUUAUACCCAUUGUGACGUACUUACAGUUUUGUUGCAGCGUCCGUUGCUAUGCCGACGCUGGCGUGACAGAUCCGCACCUGCACCUGUUUGCCUUUUUGACACACCCUCUUACCCUGGCUGAACUGAACCAUCUUCAACCGGGAACUGCUAGCUGUCCAGCCAGCCCUGGAGGACUGGUGUCACUGGUUUGGAGGGAGCAGAAAAGGAUUUUCUGGUCUGCACUGAUCACAAGCACCUCGCCUACGUCCAUGAUGCCAAGAGGCUCACCCCUCACCAGGCCAGAUGGGUGCUGCUCUUUAACAGUUUCAGCUUCUAUCUCCUACCGUCCCGGUUCUAAGAGCAGCAGACCUGACGCAAUGUCCUGAGUCUCCACUGGUAAGGAGGGGGAUCCUGACCCCAUUGUCCCCAGUUACCUCAAUAUGACUCCAGUCACCUGGGGCACAGAGACCAUGGUAGGGAAAGCACAAAGGAAGGAGUCUGAUCCAGGGGGAGUUGCCCUAAUAAUCGGUUGUUUGUUCCUAAAUCUGCUCAAUCUCAGAUUCUGCAGCAGGCACCCUCCUCCCAUCUUAUGGGUCACCCAGGUUCUGGGCUCAGCCUGGAGUUUGAGAAGAGGCGAUUCUGGUGCCUGUCCAUGGAGGUGGAUACUCAAGCCUUCGUUGGCAGUACCUGCCAACAGGUCGUCCACUCAGCCUCCAGCUGGUCUCCUCCAGCCACUGUCUAUAUCUCCCACUCAUGGUCCCACAUCUCCAUGGAUUUAGUUCCCAGGUUACCGCCACCUACUGGGUUGGACGCUGUGUUUAUAACCGACAGAUUUUCCAAAGCUGCUCAUUUCGUGCCCCUUAAAUUCCCUUCUACAGUGAAGGCAGCACUAAAGGAGUCUGGGGGUGUUUAAUAACCAGUGUGUGUGCAUGACUGUGUGCAUGUGUGAGUGUUUAUGUAUGUGUGAGUGAGCUUGUGUGUUUGUGGAUGUGAUUGUAUCUGAGUGUGUGUUUCUGUAUGAUGGAGGAGGGGGUUAAGUAUAAAUCUCCACUCCUUUUAGAAACUGGCAACCAUACGUAUGUAAGUAUGUAAAUUAAACAUUUAAUAAGGCUCAAAAAUAUGUCAAUGCAUUUCAUUCAGUGAUAUUCAUCACCAUGGAGAUUGCUAAACAAUCACCACCCUGUCAUAUGUGUGUUUGUGUGUGUGAUCUUUAUGAGUAAAUCUGCACUCUCUGCUCAGCCUGGCCUCAGUCCAGCACCACACCUCCUGUAGCUGUGGGCUGAACCAGGAAGUCAUUCCCACUCUCUCUGUCACACAGUUUCAGAGAAAUGAAACUUACCUGUGUCUCUGUCAGUGUUAGCAGUAAAAUGGCUGAAGGUGGACCUGAACCCGGAGAUGUGGAGUGUGUUUCCUGCACUGGGAGAAAGCGCAAAGCCAUCAAGUCCUGUCUGUUCUGUGAUGAAUCUUACUGUGACACUCACCUCGAAAUUCAUAAUGGACUCCACCCAGGAAAGAGACACAAGCUGAUCGAUGCGUCUGGAGACCUGCAGGAGAAGUACUGCCCUCAGCAUGACAAACUGCUGGAGGUUUACUGUCGUACUGAUCAGCAGUGUAUCUGUCUGCUGUGUGUGAUGGAUGAACACAGAGGCCAUGAUACAGUCUCAGCUGCAGAAGAAAGGACUGAGAAACAGGAUAGGCUGGGGGAGACACAGAGAGAAUUCCAGCUGAAAAUCCAGGAGAGAGAGAAGGAGCUGCAGGAUCUGAGACAGACUGUGCAGUCACUCAAGCGCUCUGCAAAAGCAGCAGUGAAGGACAGUGAGAGGAUCUUUACAAUGCUGAUCCGCUCCAUUGAGAGAAGGCGCUCUGAGGUGAAAGAGCUGAUCAGAGAUCAGGAGAAGGCUGAAGUGAGUCGGGCUGAAAUACUCCUGGAGCGACUGGAGCAGGAGAUUGCUGAGCUGAGGAGGAGAGAUGCUAAGAUGGAGCAGCUUUCACACACAGAAGAUCACAUCCAUUUCCUCCAGAACUGUCAGUCUCUCUGUGCCCCUCCUAGUCCUGGAGACUUUCCCAGCAUCACUGUCAGUCCACACGUCUCUUUUGAGCCUGUGAGGAAAUCUGUCUCGGAACUGAAAGAGCGACUGGAGGACGUCUGCAAGGAGGAAUUAGUCAAAAUCCCUCAAACAGUGGGAAAAGUCCAUAUUGUAGAGCCCAGGACCAGAGAGGACUUCUUACAAUAUUCCUGUCAGCUCACACUGGACCCCAACACAGUACACAGACUCCUUUCCCUGUCUGAGAGGAACAGGGAGGUGACCUAUGUGGGAAAGAUCCAGUCAUAUCCUGAUCAUCCAGACAGAUUUGAGUGCUCGCCCCAAGUGCUGUGCAGAGAGGGUCUGUCUGGACGCUGUUACUGGGAGGCUGAGUGGAGUGGGGGAGGGGUUUCUAUAGCAAUGUCAUAUAAAGAGAUCAGCAGGAAAGGAAGUAGUGAAGACUGUAUUAUGGGACAUAAUAUAAAAUCCUGUAGUUUGCGCUGCUCUCCCUCCAGUUACUCUUUCAUGUACGAUAACAGGAGCACUGAAAUCUCUGUUCCCCCCUCCUCCAGAAUAGGAGUGUACCUGGAUCACAGGGCAGGAACUCUGUCCUUCUACAGCAUCUCUGACACAAUGACCCUCCUGCACAGCAUCCAGCCCAUAUUCACUCAGCCCCUCUAUCCUGGGUUUCAGGUUGAUUGUGGGUCCUCUGUAAAGCUGUGUUGUCUGGGAUGAGGCAGGGAGUGAAUGGACAAUUAACUGUAAUUAAAGAGAGGGAAAAACUGAAAAUUAAUUUAAUGAAUGAAACAAGGAAAUUAAUUAAUUAAAUAAAAAUAAAGGGAGGCUAAGCGCUGUACAGUUUGAAACGGCCCAAAAUUUUCAGCCCAACCCUACAUAACCCCGCCUUCUUUCAUCCCAACCCAACAUGACCCCGCCUUCUUUCAGCCCAACCCUACAUGACCCCGCCUUCUUUCAGCCCAACCCGAUAUGACCCCGCCUUCUUUCAGCCCAACCCUACAUGACCCCGCCUUCUUUUCAGCCCUACCCUACAUGAUCCCGCCUUCUUUUCAUCCCAACCCUACAUGACCCCGCCUUCUUUCAGCCCAACCCGACAUAACCCCGCCUUCUUUUCAGCCCUACCCUACAUGACCCCGCCUUCUUUUCAUCCUGAACCUGGUCAGACUCUGUGUGUUGCAGUGUUUUGAAAGUCCAGCCCUGUCUGAACCCGACUUUGAGACACAAACACACUGUAGUUUGGGGCAUCAUCGGUGUUCUGAUUGGAGAAGAUGCAGUUGAUGUCUGGGUGGGAUCAGUGGAUGGAGUUUGGAGGCGGGGCUUGUGCAGUGUGCUAACAUUAAUGCUCCUGUUUUGCGGCUGCCGUAUAUAAGCAGGGCAUCACAGCAUUAGCAUUUUACAAACCCCACGCUUUCGUCUGCAGCUCGAUCAUAACACCAUGUAAAAGUUUGUCCAGACCUGGGAUUUUCCUUUCGAUGGCUGCUGCCUCACUUCAUUCUCCCCUGACUAUAACUUCUUUCUCCCCGGCUCUGAGGCGUCCAUUCUGUCACUCACAGAGCUCAGCUUAGACUCGCUGGCCUACAGCUGCCAUCCAGCUCACACAGCGCUCUGUGCUCAAAAUUUAAAGAGCCAGCUACAAAGGGUCCAACCCCAACCAAGCCCUGCAUAAAAUGUCAGAAUCAGGGCGUUCUGGUCAGGUUUUUUCAGACCUGGGUGAAAAUUACAAGCUCUGCGGUGGAGCAGUGACUUGCAUUGUCGCCUCACAGCAAGAAGGUUUUUGGUUCGAAUCCCAAGGGCCUUUCAGUGUGGGUUUCCUCCCGGUACUCCAGUUCCUCCCACUGUCCAAAAACAUGCAGGUUAGGCUACUUGUAGAUUCCAAAUUGCCCGUAGGAAUGAGCGUAUGAGUGAAUGGUGUGUGUGCCCUGCAAUGGACUGGCAACCUGUCCAGGGUGUAUUCCUGUCUCUUGUUCACUGCAUGCUGGGAUAGGCUCCAGCACCCCCCCCCCCCUACCCUAGCCAAGAAUUAGCCAUUUAAGAAAAUAGAUGAAUAGAUGAUGUGUGGAAUUUAACUUCAGUUUUGGACACAUUUAAGCAGAUCCAGUCAUUCUAAUGCUUGUGUUCCAAUAUUGCAGUCAUCUCCAUAAUGUUUGGGGCAAAGACAUACUUUUUCUUUAGUUUACUCUGUACUCCUCUAUUUUAGAUUUGUAAUCAGGGUAUUCACAUGUGGUUUAACUGCAGAUUCUCAGCUUUUAUUUUAGGGUAUUUUAUGAAUUUUGGUUUCACCAUGCCACACAUUACCAUGUGUGGGAUAUGUCACAGCAUCAUGGUAAUGGCGUUUAUAUGGAGGUGCUGCUGUAAAAUCAUUAAGACACUUGAUUUUAUGGCUGUUGUUGUUUUGCAUUAUACUGGGGUGUGUUGGGUUCUACAUGCUGUGAUUGUUUACAAGAAGAAUGAAAUAAACAAAUGGUUGUGGUAA